UGCUAAUUCAGACACAAAGAGAUCGAAAUCAGCUUUAGUGACAAUACUGGAUGUCAAUGAUGCGGAAAUGAUGUACUGAUCUUGAUCGCAGUGAACCAGUUUCACUUUGGUUGCGCUUGCUUGAAUCUGUCGUAAUUAAAAAGAACCAGGACUGGCCAAGCGACGAUCAAUAACAUGUUUGUUUUGUUGAUAUUUAGUCUUCUAGCGUACCAUACGCCCGUGGCAUCUGGACAUCCGCAAUGCUUGGACUAUCUUCCACCGUUCCAAUCAGCCAAACCACUAGGCCUAUGCAGAAAAACAUCUCAGUACGGCUGCUGUACGUCUUCAAGAGAUAGAAGCCUUCAAAAUUUUUAUGAUUACGCGAGGCAUUAUGGCAGGGAAGCUGGAGCUCCCAAAGAGUGCGAAGAAUUCUUGCGCACUAUAAUUUGUGCAGAGUGCAGCCCAUACGCAGCACAUAUUUUUGACGCAGAAACUCCACCGGCAAUCAAAACAAACUAUUCAAAGAAGGACGAAAGAUUCCCUGGCCUAUGUUAUUCAUUUUGUUUCAAGUCAUUUAAAGUUUGCCGCAACAUGCUCUUGCGAUUGCCUCUGAGACCAAGUUUUCGGAAAUUCAUAGAGUAUUCUAAUAGCAACGACUUUUGUCAGUGGGCUGUACCAGCAGACAAAGAUUACUGUAUUCCUCAAGUCAAUGAUUUUGUUAUAAGUAGAAGUGCCAAACAGCCACAAAAAGACACCAGAACAAUGUGCGUACAGCCGGUUUUGCAUAAGCUAUUCAACCCUCUGGCUGCUGUCCCAGCUAACGAUGGAACAAAUCGUCUUUUUAUUGGAGAGCAAAGAGGGAUGGUUCAUGUUAUUGAUGUGAAAGGAAAUUUGCAAUCCAACAGACCAUUUUUAGAUUUGAAGAGAAAGGUACUAAAUUCUGGGCAAGCUUGGGAUGAAAGAGGUUUUCUUGGCAUAGUGUUUCAUCCAAAAUUUGCUAGCAAUGGAAGAUUUUUUGUCUACUACUCAUGUCAAGAUGACAAAAAUGUCAGUCAGAAGACCAAUCAAACAGAAGAUGAUGAUCGACAUUGGUUUGACUCCCCGAAGCACAAAAUCAGGAUAUCAGAAUUCAUUGUGUCCAGUUCUGACCCUAAUGUCGCUGAUUCAGAAUCGGAAGUCGUCAUUUUGGAACUGGAAGAGCCCGAGGCCAAUCACGAGGGAGGAAUGAUCUUUUUCGGUGAUGAUGGCUAUUUGUAUAUUGUUACCGGUGAUGGUGGUGGUGGCGGAGAUAGGCACUGGUCAAUAGGGAACUCGCUUAACAUGACAAAUUUGCUUGGAAAGGUUCUGAGGGUCGACGUAGAUGUUUACGAUGGACGUCGGUACAGGAUACCAUCAGAUAACCCUUUUAUUGGAACGAAAGGGGCAAGGCCGGAGAUUUAUGCUUAUGGGGCAAGAAACAUGUGGCGCUGCUCGAAAGAUCGCGGUGAUCCAAUUUCUAGGAAGGGAAAGGGUAGAGUUUUCUGUGGAGAUGUAGGCCAGAACAAAUUCGAGGAGAUUGAUAUAAUCGUCAAGGGUGGAAACUAUGGUUGGAGAGCCAUGGAAGGGAACGAAUGCUACGACAAGACCCUUUGCACUUCUAAACUCAUGAAAAACUACAAACCCCCGAUUAUUGUUUACAAUCACACCGUUGGUAAAUCUAUUGUCGGUGGCUACGUCUACAGAGGGUGUCAGAAUCCAGCAUUGCAAGGGCGCUAUAUCUACGCAGACACUGUCUCUGGUCGUAUGUUUGCUGCGGAAGAAGAUUUGAAGACUGGAAAGUGGAUCUCUGAAGAGAUAGUGAUCGGAAACCAGAGCAUGUGCAACAAUGCAUUGCAGGAUCAGCACGCACCGCAUAUCUUGUCAUUUGGCGAAGAUGAAACCGGUGAAUUAUACUUUGCAAGUGUCUACUGGCCCUCAGCGUCCCAAGCUUUUGGUGCACUUUACAAACUGGUAGACCCAGUAAGACGGAGCGAUCCUGAAAUAUGCAGGAGCUUUUCUUCCAAGCCCAGAGUAUUAAAGAACGUUAAAAAACGCAAAAUUGACGACUCUCAAAGUGUAACCGGUGAAUACAAAAAGCCGAAACUGGAAUGCAAUGAUACUAGAUAUUUCUGCCGUUUUAUGAAUUCGCUGUCGUGGUUAUGCAAGAGGCAUCGAAUUUUGGGGCAACUUUACUGCAAGAAAGCAUGUGGAUAUUGCAAACGUGUUUUCUAAGAAGCAGAUGUUUGUCAAUCUCUAGCUUCCUGUACAUACCUUUUUAAGCUUUCUUUUAGUCUAAACAACCUUCUUAUUAUCACUGUUUGUAAGGCUUAACCGAGAAUGCAGCAUUUGUUGAGAAAAUUCGAAUCUCUUAAUGUAUUCACUAAACCUAUUUGUGUAUUCAGUAAACAAAAAGCUAAAAAUCUAUUGAAUAUCAACAGUUGCAGAAA